GGCACUCCAAAUCCUCACACCCCUUUGCUCUCCGGGCAGUCGGGAGCUUCCCUAGCUUCUGUAGGCUUUUAAGGUCUGGCGGCGUAGAAAUGCCUGCCCCCCACCCCCUUCCUCGGUCUCCCCUUUCAGUUCAGAUGUGCUGAUGUGCAGACCGGAUUCAUCUUCCCGGAGCGGCGGCGGUGGCGGCAGGCGGCUGCAGCUCGCGCUCGGCCGCGGGGUCCUGACAGCGGCGGGGGCGCGGCGCGGGAGCCGGAGCUCGGGUGGCAGCUGAGCCCGCCGUGCGCCUCUCGCCGCGGCCGGUCGCGAUCGCGGGAAGUUCGGCCGCUGGAAGGACGAUCUGGACCGUGCCGGGUUGGCUGCGGCUGUCCUGGGCCGAGCUCCUCACCUGCCUUCCGCCCACCCGCGGGCCCCUGGCCAAGUUCCCCAGCAUCCGGGGGAGCCAGGAAGCAUUUGCCCUCGCUAGCGUCCCGAAGACACCCGCAUGUCUCCGGACACCUGAACACUCAGGUCUUUCUGAGGAGCCUCCCAGUGGGGAGAAGAACACAGUCCCUAGAGCCCCGCAUAUCCACGCGGCACUCCGGGUCUGGUCCCCUCCUUUUCCUCUAGGGGAGGAGGAUGGGUUUGCAAGCGCUCUCCCCGAGGAUGCUCCUGUGGUUGGUGGUCUCGGGUAUUGUUUUCUCACGGGAACUGUGGGUCUGCGCUGGCCUCGAUUAUGAUUACACUUUUGAUGGGAACGAAGAGGACAAAACGGAGCCUAUAGAUUACAAGGACCCGUGCAAAGCUGCUGUGUUUUGGGGUGACAUCGCCUUAGACGAUGAAGAUUUAAAUAUCUUCCAAAUAGACAGGACAAUUGACCUGACUCAGAGCCCCUUUGGAAAACUUGGACAUAUCACAGGUGGCUUUGGAGACCAUGGCAUGCCAAAGAAACGAGGGGCACUCUACCAACUUAUAGACAGGAUCAGAAGAAUUGGCUCUGGCUUGGAGCAAAAUAACACCAUGAAGGGAAAAGCAUCUUCAAAACUGUCAGAACAAAAUGAGAAAAAUCGAGUCCCCAGAGCUGCGACGUCAAGAACAGAAAGGAUAUGGCCUGGUGGCGUCAUUCCUUAUGUCAUAGGAGGAAACUUUACUGGCAGCCAGAGAGCCAUGUUCAAGCAGGCCAUGAGACACUGGGAAAAGCACACCUGCGUGACUUUCACUGAGAGAAGCGAUGAAGAAAGUUACAUUGUGUUCACCUAUAGGCCUUGUGGCUGCUGUUCCUAUGUUGGUCGUCGGGGGAAUGGCCCUCAGGCCAUCUCUAUUGGCAAGAAUUGUGACAAGUUUGGAAUUGUUGUUCAUGAACUGGGCCACGUGAUAGGCUUCUGGCAUGAACACACUCGCCCAGACCGAGACAACCAUGUCACCAUCAUAAGAGAGAACAUCCAGCCAGGUCAAGAGUACAACUUUCUAAAGAUGGAGCCUGGAGAGGUGAACUCUCUUGGGGAGAGAUACGAUUUUGACAGCAUCAUGCACUACGCCAGGAACACCUUCUCAAGGGGAAUGUUUUUAGACACAAUACUCCCCUCCCGUGAUGAUAAUGGCAUCCGUCCUGCAAUUGGUCAACGGACCCGGUUAAGCAAAGGAGACAUUGCACAAGCAAGAAAGCUGUAUCGAUGUCCAGCAUGUGGAGAAACCCUACAAGAAUCCAGUGGCAACCUUUCCUCCCCAGGAUUCCCAAAUGGCUACCCUUCCUAUACACACUGCAUCUGGAGAGUGUCUGUGACCCCGGGAGAAAAGAUUGUCUUGAAUUUUACUACAAUGGACCUAUACAAGAGUAGUUUGUGCUGGUAUGAUUACAUUGAAGUAAGAGAUGGUUACUGGAGGAAGUCACCUCUCCUUGGUAGAUUCUGUGGGGACAAAGUGGCUGGAGUCCUUACAUCUACAGACAGCAGACUGUGGAUUGAGUUCCGUAGCAGCAGUAACUGGGUAGGAAAAGGGUUUGCAGCUGUCUAUGAAGCAAUUUGUGGAGGGGAGAUAAGGAAAAAUGAAGGGCAGAUUCAGUCUCCCAAUUAUCCCGAUGACUACCGACCAAUGAAGGAGUGUGUAUGGAAAAUAAUGGUGUCCGAGGGCUACCACGUUGGACUGACCUUUCAGGCCUUUGAG